AUGAAUGGUAAGUAUAAACUUAAAACCAAAAAGCUCUAGAUUUUAAAAAGUUUGGACAGAGUUGGGAAAAGGUAUAGUCAUCAUUUUUGAAAUUUGAUGAAACAAGGUGGAAAUCUGAAACUCUUUUGAAUGAAAAAUUAAUAAUCAGUAUUUUAUAAUUUUUGAAGGAUGUGUUAAUUUCUUAAAAAAGUAAUGAAGCUAGUAGAAGCUUGAGCAUAAAUUUACAAAAAUUAUAAAAGUAUGAAGAUAUGAUGACCUUGGUAAAUCUAAAUAAAUUAGUGGAAACUCCAUAUAUGAUGGAAAUUAUAGUGUAAGUGUUGCCCAACAUAAUUCUUAAAGCAACUGAAAUUAUUAACAUUAAAUGA